AGCCUGGGAGAGAAAGUGCGAAUGUUCGCGUUGUUAGCCCUUGAGAGUUUUGUGCAACGACUGGUGUGCUGUCCGUGUCUACAAUCUUCAUACUUUCGUUGCAAUUUGAAAAGCUGAAUUAUGUCUGCAAGAGGUGCACGUUUGGAAUAUGUGGGAGACUUGGAUCUGCGUCAGGAGCAGUGGGCUGCUGCCCAGGCUACAAAUUAUCUGGACUUCAUGGCAAACCUUGAUAUCGACCGAGAUCCUCGCACUAUUCGUAACUCUGGCCUGAUCUGUACUUUAGGGCCAGCUUCAAGGAGUGUGGAGAUUAUCUCCCAGUUAAUUGAGAAUGGCAUGAAUAUUGCAAGAUUGAAUUUCUCUCAUGGGACUCAUGAGUAUCACGCAGAAACCAUUGAAUUGGUAAGGAAGGCAGCAGUUGAAGAAUGGCCUCAUGCUGUUGCUGUUGCACUGGACACAAAAGGACCAGAGAUCAGGACUGGGCUGUUGAAAGGGGGUGGCGGUGCAGAAAUUUAUUUGUCCAAAGGUGAUAUCAUAAAACUUACCACGGACAAGGCAUUCUUUGCUGAAGGAGACAACGAAACCCUUUAUGUAGACUAUGAAAACAUCACAAAGGUGAUGAAGGAAGGUGGAAUUAUAUUUGUUGAUGAUGGACUGAUUUCACUUAAAGUCGUGGAAAUAGGCUCAAACUAUCUUCAAGUUGAAGUGUUAAAUGAUGCUAAACUUGGGAGCAAGAAGGGUGUUAACCUGCCAAAUGUUGAAGUCGAUUUACCAGCUGUAUCUGAGCAAGACAAGAAAGAUAUACUUUUUGGUGUGAAACAUGAGGUUGACAUGAUCUUUGCCUCGUUUAUUCGUAAAGCUCAGGACAUUCACGACAUAAGGGAUCUUCUUGGUUCGAAAGGGCAAAAUAUCAAGGUCAUUGCCAAGAUUGAAAACCAUGAAGGAGUAAAAAAAUUUGACGAGAUUAUGGAAGCCGCUGAUGGUAUCAUGGUGGCCAGAGGAGAUCUGGGAAUUGAGAUUCCUCCAGAGAAAGUGUUUUUAGCUCAGAAAAUGAUGAUUGGUCGUUGCAAUAAAAACGGAAAGCCAGUAAUCUGUGCUACACAGAUGUUGGAAAGUAUGAUUAAAAAUCCUCGUCCAACUCGUGCGGAGAGCUCAGAUGUGGCUAAUGCCAUUCUGGAUGGAGCGGAUUGUGUUAUGCUCUCAGGCGAGACAGCGAAAGGUACUUAUCCAGUGCAAGCUAUCGCCAUGAUGCACAAGAUUUGUCGUGAAGCAGAGGCCGCUAUUUAUCAUCGUCAGUUGUUUGAUGAUUUGAGGCACACAAUGAACAGGGUGGCUGAUACACACGAAACGACAGCCAUCGCAGCUGUGGCAGCAUCAUUCACAGCAAAUGCAGCCUGUAUUGUUUGUCUUACACACACGGGGAAGACUGCUGAAGUUGUGUCACGAUUCCGGCCUCGUUGUCCAAUUAUAGUAGUGACACGUGAUGCGCGCGUGGCCCGCCAGAUGCAUUUGUAUCGAGGCUGCUUUCCUCUCAUUUACGACAAACCGCCCAAAGACAAUGUACUGGAGGAACAUGACGAGAGACUCGAGUUCGCGCUGGAUAUGGGCAAAAGGAUGGGCUUCAUGAAACUUGGCAAUACGUUCGUGUUCGUAUCUGGGUGGAAGGCAGGUGCAGCUCACACUAACACUAUCCGUAUACUGACUAUUAUGGAGGAAAAGAUUCAUAUUGCCAAGAGCUUGUCGGAGUCCGCUGACCUCAAAGGAAAAAUGCAGAUUCCCAAGUAGUUAUCAGCAUUCGGUAGCUGUCUUGAAUCCCAAUUCCGUGUUUUGCUGUUGUGAUCAGGGUAAAAUUAGAAUCGUUAACUACAAUGGUUUUCCGUAUUCUAAUUGGAUAUUUUCGUUUUAAAUAAUAAGAGUGAAUUUUGGAAAGAAUUUUUUUUUUUUAUUUAUUAGCGCUCGAUGGCUUUGCUUUCAUUUGGUCUAAAGUUUUUUUACGUCUUUCGUGGAUCUAUUUCAACUCAAAGGAACUAACUUUACAGUACUGGUGUGAUUUUGGGCUUUGUUGUGAAAUAUAGCGGAAAUGAAAAGAGUGAAACAAGUGCGGUGUGCAUUGGUGAGAAUACUGAUAUCAUAAAACUUUGUUGUAUAAUCGAAAAAGUAAUCAACAGCAAUCAACUUUAAGACGCACUAAAUAGUGAAGUCUGUUAUCAUAGAAUAUUAACUGAUGAUUAUGACGGGUCUAAAUAAAGAUAUGAACUAAUCUUUGCGACGUUA